AUGAGCAUCCCCCGAACCCUCCUUCGUUCCGCCCGAGCAUCAUCCUCCCGACUCAUCCUCUCCCGUCCAUUAUCAACUUCAAGACCACUUUUUGCCGAAGCUGAAUCCUCCUCUUCCGCCGCUGCUGCUGCCCCUGUUUCACCUAAGAUCUCACCUAUCGUAGACCAGAUCUCGAGUUUGACGUUGUUGGAGGUAUCGGAGUUGGUUAGCGCUCUCAAGACCAAACUCAACAUAACGGAAAUCGCCCUCCCCGCCGCCUCAGCAGCCCCAGCAGCUUCAGCCUCAGCGGGCGCAUCAGGAGAACCAGCCGAAGCUGCCGAGGAGAAACCAAAGGAGAAGACAAUCUUCACUGUCAAACUUGAGAAAUUCGAUGCCGCUGCGAAAGCAAAGAUCAUCAGGGAGGUAAAGGCUAUUAUGCCUAAUAUGAACUUGGUCGAGGCCAAGAAAUUCGUCGAAUCCGUCCCUCAAACCCUCAAAGAGAACUUACCAAAAGAAGAAGCAGAGAAAUUACAAAAGACAUUACAAGAUCUCGGUGCUACCGUUUCUCUCGUAUAG